GGCCGGCAAGGCGCUAAGGUGCCGGUGCCGCCGCCGCCGGCGCCUGCCUUCGCGGGACGCGGCGUCGCACCGCCCUCCAGGACUGCCCUCCUCUGGCCCGGGGAUGACGUCUUUAACUGGCAAGCGGGCCGGGAACGGUGAACUCUCCGGGAACAAGAGCAGUAAUGCGUAUGUAUGUUCAGCAUCCAACAAGUGAAGAUGCCUACUGAAUUCUGUUUCAGGCAACAGAAUAUAAAGUGAGGGUACAAUGCACAAAGCUGUGACACUAAUUGCAACACUCAGAAGAAUGCGUUGUUUUAGCGGCCAGCUGACUGUCACGGGAUGGGACCGCGACUGGCUUUGGUUUGAGUCAGGAACCUGAAAGCGAACAUUUCAGUAUCCUUCAUCCCGAGCCAGCCAGACCAUUCUCCACAGGAGUCCAAAAUAAACACACGAAAUGUGCUUAGAGGCACAGCUUUUCUUUUUACCCGAAACCAGAACGUCUGUUGCAGACAGGAUGUUUUCUCUGCAUGCCAAGUCUGAAAGAAAAAGAGAAUUGUGAAUAAUACUUGUUCUUAAAUGGUAUUUGAAAAGAAAAGGUGUAGUGCUGAAGACUGGGCUGUGCAGGCGCCUCAAAAGGCUCCUGUAUUUAUUGGUGCUUAUACUCUGGGGAAAAGGGCCCUCGGGGCAGUCGUGUCGCCAGCUGCAAGGGCUAAAAUAAAUCCAAAUAGCAGCUACGCUCCUCAGGUAGCACAGCUGAGUCCCCAGUAAAACACUUUCCUUUCUUCUCUACGCAUUGCCUUGUUUCAGUCUAAUCUCUGUCAACUCCCCUUUUUGUGCAGUUUCCCUUUAGAGUAGGGGAGUUUGGUAAGAGCGGCCAGAAAACAGUUCAGUCUUGUUCCCUGCCUCCUCCUUUGGCCGCUGUAUUCCCCCACCCCAGGGAACUGAUAAUUUAAUAGCACUCUGCCUACAGGUUGGAUUUUUCCCUAACAGUUUUACGUGCACAUCAGAUUUUCCUUGGGAAGUUGUUAAUUUUAUCAUCUGUUAGAAUGCAUAGGAAAGGUUAAAUCUCUGUGGGGUAUUUUUAGACCUGCUGGGGAAUGGGGUUUUGGAGGGUGUAUACAGAAGUUGUCCCUGGGUAGUGCAAAAGGACUGUCUUUUCGAGCAACGAAACCAAGCGAUUUCUGCUACUGUGCUGCAGGGUUUCCCCCCUCCUCUCUUUGGGGUUGGACACAGCUGGUGGGAGGGAUUUCUGACUGUCAGCAAGAAAAGAAACAAGAGAGCAUGUGAGUGAAGGGAACUAGACCUGAGAAGGGCAGGAGGAAGGUUUUGUUGCUCUCUUGAAAUACAGGAAAGCUGCUCUUUGUGGAUGCCUCACUCCGUAUCGUCUCCGGAGGAAGUCAGAAAGCAGUACUGGGAGGAUGGCUUUAGCUAUGUGCAUGAGUUAAACGACAAUUCUGCCUACGUCUGGAGAAGUCCUCUGGGAGGUGGACUUCUCUGUGCACAGGAGAGCAUCCUCCCUGCAGCUCGUUUUCCCUUCCUUUCCUGAUUGCUGAUUUGUGUAUGGCUUUAUGAAGGGGACGAGGCCUCCAGAUCAGCUAAACCCACGUGGGGCUUUAUUGCUGGACUGAACCAAGAUCUUGUGAGCCACCAGGUCUCUGGAGCUUGUCAAGAAGCAAAUGCAAGAAGCAAAAGUCCCUUCGGCAUAUUUCGCUACUAGCAAAUGAGCACAAGAAGCCAGGUUUGGUUUUGGGAAAAACUCAGUGAUAAUCUACCUUGUAAUGAUUUCCCAUGGGCUGAAGAAACUCGCUGAGCUGAGCCAUAUGGGAGAAAGCAUCAAGGAGUGAUAAAUCUGCUCUGCCAGUGAACCCCGGCAAGAAUCCCUGCGUGCUCCGGUAGCGUUGCUCUUUGCGAGAAAGAGAGAAUCUGGCAAGAAACAGGAGGUAGUGAUGAGCGGACUUUUCUGAGGAAUAGGAAGUAUCUAAUCCCGCUUGAGAAGGCUGCAAAACUUUCUAGGCACCUUGGGGAAGAGAGAGGAACUGCUGCAAUGGAGUUGCACAUGUUGGCACUGCUGUUCAUCCUUGCGUCGCAAGUAUCUUCACUGGCUCCUGGGAACAAGCUUCAGCCGCAUAUGCCAAACGUUUGUGCGGAGCAAGAGCUGGCGAUAGUGGGGCACAGGCAGCCGUGUGUCCGAGCCUUCACCCGUAUGGUCAAAGUAUGGAAGCAAGAUUGUGGAGGACAGCUGUGGUGUACAGGCUACGAACGGAGAACUGCGUAUUACACGACCUACAGGCAGGUGUACACAGUGCAGUACCAGACAGCACACAAGUGUUGCCCGGGAUGGGCGCAGCGUGGAGGGCGAGCUGGCUGCCUCUACCCUGCCUGCAAUUACGAAGUUUGUUUCAACGGUGGAAAUUGCAUAGAAGGAGCUUCUCAGCUCUGCCAUUGCCCCUCUGGUUUCCAGGGACCUCGCUGUCAGUAUGAUGUUGAUGAGUGCCGGGUUCGCAAUGGGGGCUGCCAGCACAGAUGCGUGAACACCCUCGGGUCCUACCACUGUGAGUGCAAGCCGGGCUUUCGCCUGCACGCCGACGGCAGGACCUGCAUUCCUGUGAACCCUUGUUCUACAAACAACGGGGGCUGCGAACACAGCUGCGUGCAGGUGACCCUAACGCAGCACCGCUGCCAGUGCCGGCACAACUACCAGCUGCAGGAAGACGGCAGACGCUGCGCCUUGAGAAACCCGUGCGCCGAUAGGAAUGGAGGCUGUAUGCACCGGUGCCGCAACCACCGCGGAACAGCGCGCUGUGAGUGCCACCCCGGUUACAGAUUGGCAGCUGACAAGAAGGCCUGUGAAGAUGUGAAUGAAUGUCUGACUGAACUAGCCAGGUGUGCACAUCAGUGUCUCAACACGCGGGGCUCCUUUAAGUGCGCAUGCAACCCAGGCUAUGAGCUGGGGGCAGAUGGCAAGCAAUGCUACCGGAUAGAAAUGGAGAUCGUCAACAGCUGCGAGGACAAUAACGGUGGCUGUUCCCAUACGUGCCAUCACACCAGCUCUGGCCCAGCCUGUACCUGUAACUUUGGCUACCAGCUCGAAGAGGACCAGAAGACAUGCACUGAUAUCAAUGAAUGUGACAGUGGUUCUCACUCCUGUUGUCAGCAAGAUUGCUACAACUAUCCUGGAGGCUAUGAGUGCGCUUGCUAUGCUGGAUACAGGCUCAACCCAGAUGGUUGUGGGUGUGAUGAUGUGGAUGAGUGUUCUUCAAAUAAUGGUGGAUGUGAACACACAUGUCAGAACCAGAUAGGGUCUUUCCAGUGUGGCUGCCAGAUCGGAUACAAACUGGAUGAAGACCGAAGGAGCUGCAUUUCUCUAGAUGUCCCUGUGGAAGCCCUGGAUGGUCAGCAUCCCGUUAUCCGCCCAAUCCCUCAUGUUGCAAUCCUGAGAGAUGAAUUUACCCAGCUCUUCGAUGAGGAUUAUGAAGAAGAGGAGGAAGAGAUGGAAGCAAGAGGAGAGCACACACUUUCAGAAAAAUUUGUUUGCCUGGAGCACACGUUUGGCCACGACUGCAGCCUGAGCUGUGAGGACUGUAGAAACGGUGGAACGUGCAAUGAGGAUCAGACGGGCUGUGAUUGCCCGGAUGGCUGGAGUGGCAUCGUAUGUAACCAGACCUGCCCGGGAGGCACCUUUGGGAGGAACUGCAGCCUCAGCUGUGCCUGCGAGAACGGGGGCACGUGCGAUCCGAGGACGGGCGCGUGCCGCUGCCCGCCCGGCGUCGCGGGACGCCUCUGUGAAGAUGGCUGCCCUAAAGGGUUUUAUGGGAAACAAUGCAGGAAAAAAUGCAACUGUGCCAACAGAGGUCGGUGUCAUCGGAUUUAUGGAGCCUGCUUGUGUGAUCCUGGCUUGUACGGACGGUACUGCCAUUUAGUUUGCCCAAAGUGGGUGUUUGGCCCCGGAUGCUCUGAAGAAUGCCUCUGUGUGCAGCACAACACUCAGGACUGUGACAAGAAGGAUGGCUCAUGCACCUGCAAGCCCGGUUACCGGGGCGAGCGGUGUGAGACAAAAUGUGACCCUGGCUAUUACGGGGACGGCUGCAAGAAGAAAUGCGGCUGCCCUCCGGAAGCGUCUUGCGACCAUGUCACCGGAGAGUGCUGGAGAGAGUGUCCCCGAGGCUACCGCGGGGAGAACUGCGGUCAAGGAUGCCCAGAGGGGAAGUUUGGCGUUGACUGUCUGCUGUCCUGUUCGUGCGGGGGAUCUCCCUGCGACCGCACCACUGGCAAGUGCAUCUGCGCGCCAGGCUGGACGGGGCAUGAUUGUGGACAAGCCUGCCCCGAAGGCCGCUGGGGCCCGGGCUGCCAGCAGAUCUGUCCUGCGUGCGCCAACAACGCCAGCUGCGAUCCCGCCGCCGGGAGGUGCCUGUGUCCGCCGGGAUACACCGGCAGUCGCUGCCAGGACGCGUGUCCGCCGGGCUGGUUUGGUCCAGACUGCCAGCUGGGAUGCAGCUGUGGGAACGACGGACACUGUGACCCGGCGACGGGGAGGUGCAGCUGUGCGCCUGGCUGGACGGGCCAUGACUGCAGGAGAGCCUGCGACGCAGGUCGCUGGGGGCCGGGCUGUGCCCACGCCUGCAACUGCAGCAGCAGCGACGGGAGCUGCAGUGCGGCCACGGGGCAGUGCGUCUGCGAAGCCGGGUACGCAGGAGGCCGCUGCGAUCAGAAGUGCCCAGAAGGAUGGUUUGGGCUGAACUGCCGCCACCGGUGCCAGUGUGGCAAUGGGGCUGUGUGCGACCACGUCAGCGGCGCCUGCACCUGCAGCCCAGGCUGGAGAGGCACGUUCUGCGAGCGCGCCUGUCCGGAUGGAUUUUACGGACUAGAGUGUCAGGAAACCUGCAAAUGUCUGAACGGAGCCCGCUGCGACCCCGCGACGGGCCGGUGCCGCUGCCCACCGGGCUGGGCUGGCCCCAGCUGUAACCAGAGUAGGUGUCGCGGUGGCCUCGCGCUCUCGUCCGGCCGAGCGUGCCAGGAGAACAGCUACGGCGAGGACUGCAGUCAGACGUGCAACUGUUCCAACAACGCGACCUGCGACCGUGCUAGUGGCCAAUGUCUCUGUGCAGCUGGAUGGACAGGACCCACAUGCCAGGAAGCUUGCCCGGAGGGGCUGUUCGGAGCGCGCUGCGAAGAGCACUGCGACUGCGGGGACGAGGUGCCGUGCCACCACGUCACGGGCACGUGCGACUGCCCCCGGGGCUGGAGGGGCCGGCGCUGCGAGGAAGCCUGCCUGCCUGGUUCGUUCGGGAAGGACUGUGCCAGCCGCUGUGCGUGUCCCCCGGGAGCGCCUUGCGACCACGUCACCGGCCAGUGCAGUUGCCCUCCGGGAUUUACAGGUUCAGGAUGUGAAAAAUCCUGCCGGCCCGGGACCUUUGGCGAGAGCUGCGGGCAGAGCUGCCGGUGUCCCGGCGCGAACCAGGACUGCCACCCGGUCACGGGGGAGUGUGUCUGCGCGCCUGGCUACCGGGGCCCGGGCUGCCAGCUGCAGUGCGCCGAGGGCUGGUACGGCCCCGGCUGUGAAAGGCCGUGCAGGUGCCAGCACGGGGGCCUGUGCGACGCCGCCUCGGGGACGUGCCGCUGUCCGGCCGGCUACGUGGGCGCCGACUGCGGCACCCGCUGCCCGGCCGGCCGCUACGGCAGAGACUGCGCCCACGCGUGCCUCUGUGCGGGGGGAGCCGCCUGCCACCACGUCUCGGGGCGCUGCGCGUGCCCUCCGGGCAGGACCGGCCCCACCUGCGAGCGAGGCUGCCCGAAGCAGCGGUACGGGCCGGGCUGCCAGCAGCGCUGCUCCUGCCGCAACGGCGGGCUCUGCGACGCGGCUGACGGGUCCUGCGCCUGCGCGCUCGGCUGGACGGGGCCAGCCUGUGAGUUAGAGUGCCCCCCGGGCAGGUUCGGCGCCGACUGCCGGCACAGCUGCGCCUGCCAGAACAACGCGACGUGCGACCGGGCGACGGGAGCCUGCCGCUGCGCCGCCGGCCGCUACGGGCACCUGUGCGAGCACAGCUGUCCCGCGGGCUUCCACGGAGCCGGCUGCCGGGAGCGGUGCGACUGCGAGCACGGCGCGCCGUGCGACCCCGCGAGCGGCCGCUGCCGCUGUCCUGCCGGCUUCCGCGGCGAGCGCUGCCAGACAGGCUGCGCGGAGGGCACGUACGGAGAGGGGUGCCAGCACUACUGCGACUGCGAGGGGAACGCACCCUGCGAUCCAGCCACCGGGCGCUGCUUGUGUCCCCCUGGAAAAACCGGCGUUAGAUGUGGCGCAGACUGCCGAAGGAGCAGGUACGGCCCGGACUGCGCGCUCGCCUGCGACUGUGCCGCCCGCAGCGCCCACUGCGAUGGGCGCAACGGCCGGUGCCUUUGCGGGCACGGGUACCUAGGACCUACGUGUCACGAAGUGGUGGAGGCCCGGGCGCCCACCAGGUCGUCUUCGCCCACCGGAGCUCUCCAGCUGGUGAAGCAUUAGGUGUGGAGCGGUGGCUUGCCAGGAACAGUCCCUUGGUGCGUGACCAAGCAGCCACCUAAAGAAGCCGAUGACCAAUGUAGAGACCCUGCUUACAGGCCACACGAGUGGAGAUCAUUUUAUGACAGAGGAGUAAUUUUUGCUGCUUUUGAAACAGUUUUUGACUGAGACUGGAGGUGCCGAUCAUAAGCAGCGCGCCUCCGGGAGACACCCGAAGGAGGUGGCUGCCAGCUCGGGCUGGCCCUCGAAGACGCGCCGCGCGAGCGACCAUCCGGCCCCGGGGCAGGCUGCUGUUGUCCAGGCGCUGGCAGGAGCGGUUCAGAAGCUGUUGCUUCUACUCGGUGCCCGGUGGUCUUUGAGAGCACGUGAGGGUUUGCUGGCCCUCUUCUUUUGGUUUUGGGCAUGCGCGUUUUCUUGGGGGGGGGGGCUGAAAUUAUAGUCAAAAAUGUGUAUUUAUGUAAAACUAUUUAUGGGAAGGUGUACAAUUGCAUCAUCACAAAUGAUGGCUGACCAUUCCCAGCUCUCCUACAACCACGUGUAGUGAAAACUACCGCAUCACUUUUGAGAUUUCAUUUUGGUUUUGAAUUUGCAAUUAGUCUUAUGUUGUCAAUUACUGUUUGCUGUGGGGAGAAGGAGGGCUUACGUAUGCAAGGUCCUGAGUUAUCAUCUUCACAGCCCACAGCCACGCCAAGCCAUGAGCCAUGGUGGCAACCACCUCCUAGCAGUGCAGACUUCUGAAACAGGCCGUGUCUCCAGGUGGAAAUGCACUGCACGAUGGGGUGUGUUACUGCAGCAGCUGCCGUAGCUGCUGACACCCAUCUUUUACCGAGCAUGACUGAACCGUUUCAGACUAGAUGUGCUUUGCUGGGGACGCAGCUGCAGCCCAGUCUGCGUCGGGCGCUGCUGCGGGUGUCCAGGGCGCACGGCUGCGUGCCUCCAGCCCACGUCUUCUGCCACGUCUAGCGAGCUGGUGCCCCCCGCCUGCUGCUGCGUGGCAGUAACAAAGUGGGUCCUUUACCCAAAAGGAGGUGGUUCCUUUGCCGAAAACACAGUUUUUGCUCUUGGCCAGCUUUGGAAGGCUUCAGGCGCCUGCUUUCGUACGGGCCCACCUGCGCUCCCCCCGUCACUUGCUCCACGGAAAAGUGACAGUCUGAAUUAAAAAAGUGCAGUGCUCAGGGCUACCUUACGGCUAGAGUCCGAGCUCUUCCUUGGCCAAGUAACUGCCAGUCCCCGUGGAAACGCUCUGCCCUCAGUCCGGGAGCCUGCCUUGCUUUUUCUCCAUUGCAGUUGAAAGCAAGACGGUAACGCGGUGAUGGAGGGAGGCGGCCGCAGAGCACUAGCCCGGGGCCGGCCGCACUCGCGCUCCGGAGACGGGCAGCAAGCGCGCAACCGCUGCAAGCUCGGGCUGCAGCAGGAACGCCGGCACCAAGAGCGGCCCACGGUCGGCGUUCGGCACCGGAGAACCCAGACUGGUCCCUGCCUUCGCGCAAGGCUCCUGGCCAAACGCAGCCCGAGAGCUGACAACGUCUAAAGGAGCCGGGCUCUGAGCAGGAGCCGGACCGGUCCCGGCCCGGCACAUCUGCCCGCUGCCGCGCCAGCGCAGCCCGGCCCGGGCGCUUGGCCUUUAAAUUACUCCCACGGGGGCCAACCGAAAACAAAAAGAGCGUUGUUGCUUCUCCGGAUGGAAUUUAUUUUAAUCUGUAUAUAACUUGUAAUUUUUUGCUAAUUCUUUUCUUAUUUUAUUUCUUCCUUAACAGUAUUUUUUGCAUUAGGUAUCAUGAUUGUGAAGAAAUAAUGUUAAUAUAAGUAUGUAGCGAAGGACCAAAAUUGUGUAAUUAAGGUUGUGUGUUGUAUGCCUGAUACCCAGGGAGCGGGAAGAUUUUGCUGCCGUGCCAAACGCCCCCGGAUCGUCCUGCUCCUCCCGCUGCCCGGCUCCCAGGCAGCCGGGCGUUUUGCUCCCUCUGCGUUUGAGGGACAGUCGCAGUCAGACGAAGGGUCCGAUUUAUUCCGGAGAAGAGAAGACGCCUUGACCGAGGGCAGCCGGGCCCUGCGUGACCGCCCGCGGGGCACCAGGAGCUUGCAUAACUUCCCGGCUUGGGACUGCAGUGCUCUGUACCUAUGCUUUUUAAAAUCAUAUAUUUUUUUUCUUUUUGUAUUUCUUAAUAGUUUGUUUACUUCAUGUUUUCUUCUAGCUAGCAUCUCUGUGUUUGGAUCCCAACUCCUCUAAUUUAGCUACGAUUACACGUUUUAAUUUUUCCAGUUAAGAUGAAUAAACAGAAAGCCCGAUUGAAUUUCUA